AUGUUCUUCUUUCCGUCAUUUUUCCUUUACUCUUUCUUUCUUUCUUUCUUUCUUUCUUUCUUUCCUUCAUUUUCUUUUCCAUUUCUUUCUCUAGUUUCUUUUUAUUACUGCUUUUCUUUUCUUCUUUUUCAAUUUCUUGCCUUCAUUUUUUUUUUUUUUUAUCUUUUACUUUAUUUCCACCUUUUUUUCUUCUUUCUUGUUUGGUUCCUUUUAUUUCUUGAUUUCAUUCUUUCCUUAUUUUUCUAUGUCUUCUUUUUAUUUAUUCCAUUUCUUUUCCCUAUUUUGGCCUUCAUUGUUUUUUUUCUUCUCUUUUUUCUUUCUUUGUUAAUGUUUGUUCAUUUUAUUUUUAUUUUUCUCUUAUAUUCUUUCUUUGUUUUUUUUUUACCUCCUUUUUCUCCAAUUUUUCCAUAUCUUUGUUUUUUUUUUUUCUAUAUUUUCAACGAGCAAUUCUUUUUUUUAUUUAUUUAUUGCUUUCUUUCUUUCUUUUCUAAAUAUUUCUUAGAUUCGUUGUUUUUGUUUUUUUUUUUGUUGUUUUUUAUUUGUUUUUUUUUGGGGGGGGCUCUUUUUUCCGUAAUUUUUCUUUUUCUUUUUUGUUCAUUCAUUAAUUUCCUUCUUUCUUUAUUUCUUUCUUUUCCUCUCUCUCUCUCUCUCUCUCUCUCUCAUUUUAUAAAAACUCUUCCUUUCUUUUUAUUUCUCUUUUCCCAUUCUUACGCCUCUUCGCUUACGCUUACCCCACAUCUCUCUCUCCCCCCCUCUCUCUCUCUCUCAUUCUUCCUCUGUUUUUUAUUACUCUUCCCCUUCUUAUUCAUUUCCCCUUUCUCUCUCUCUAUCUCUCUUCCUCUUUUUUAUGAAUCUCCCAUUCGUCAUUUUUCUCAUUCGUUUCCUCUCUCUCUCUCUCUUUCUCUUUUUCUAUCUCUCUUCCCCUUUCUUUUUCAUAAUCAGCCCAUCUCCAAUUUUUUUUUAAUUCGUUUCAGCACUUUCGCCCUAUCUCUCUCUCUUUCUCUCUCUCUCUCUCUCUCUCUCUCUCUCACUGACACACACACACUCUUCUUGCGUUUCAUUAAUCUUCCCGUCUCCUGCUUCCUCUCUCUCACUCACUUUUCUCUGUCUCUGUUUCUGUCUCUCUCUCUCUCUCUCUCUCUUCUUCUUUUCGUUUCAUUAAUCUUCCCGUCUCCAUUUUUCGCAUUGGCUUCCCCUCACUCUCUCUCUCUCUCUCUCUCUCUCUUUCUCUCUUUCUUCUUCUUUCGUUUCAUUAAUCUUCCUGUCUCCAUUUUUUCACGCUUCCUCUCUCUCUCACUUUUUCUCUGUCUCUGUCUCUCUCUCUUUCUUUCUUCUUUCGUUUCAUUAAUCUUCCCGUCUCCAUUUUUUCGCAUUGCCUUCUCUCUCCUCACUUUUCUCUGUCUCUCUCUCUCUCUUUCUUCUUCUUUCGUUUCGUAA